CUGUACUCUCGAUACGCGUCUGUCGUGAUAUGAUUACCAGACGUUCGCUCGGUUAUGCUUAUGUCAACUUUCAGCAACCGGCUGAUGCUGAACGUGCACUUGAUACUAUGAACUUUGAUAUGAUAAAGGGGCGGCCUAUUCGUAUUAUGUGGUCUCAACGUGAUCCUUCUCUUCGAAAAUCUGGUGUUGGAAAUGUAUUUAUAAAAAAUUUAGACAAAAACAUAGACAAUAAAGCAAUGUAUGAUACAUUUUCUGCUUUUGGUAACAUACUUAGUUGCAAAGUAGCUCAAGAUGAAUCUGGUGUUUCUAAAGGUUAUGGUUUUGUUCAUUUUGAAACUGAAGAAGCAGCAAAUAAAUCUAUUGAUAAAGUUAAUGGCAUGUUGCUGAAUGGAAAAAAGGUAUACGUUGGUAAAUUUAUACCCCGUAAAGAACGUGAAAAGGAAUUGGGUGAAAAAGCUAAGCUUUUUACCAAUGUUUAUGUAAAGAAUUUUGGAGAAGAUAUGACAGAUGACAAACUUAAAGAAAUGUUUGAAAAAUAUGGGACCAUCACCAGUCACAAAGUAAUGAUUAAAGAUGACGGAAAAUCUCGAGGUUUUGGUUUUGUAGCUUUUGAAGAUCCUGACGCUGCUGAACAAGCAGUACUUGAAUUAAAUGGAAAAGAGGUUGCUGAAGGAAGGUGUAUGUAUGUUGGGCGGGCACAAAAGAAAGCAGAGCGUCAACAAGAACUUAAGAGAAAGUUUGAGCAAUUAAAAUUAGAACGUUUAAAUCGAGAUUAUAAAAUGCUCAUUGAUGAAAAUAUACCAUUUCAAAACUUAGGAUAUCAGUCUUUGGUUGCAUUUUUACGUACUGUUCCUAGUAUUAGAAUUACUGAAAGAGGAAGUGAAUCACUUGUAGAGGCUAUACCUAGUGGAGAAUCUGCACAUAUUACAAAAUUAAUUGCACGACAAAAGCCAGCAUCUAAGAAACGCAACAAAUUGGUUAAUGCUAGAAAACCAACACCAUUCCGUCAGCCUAUGAUGACAAAGAAGAAUGCUCGCAAUGUAAGAAGUGGUAAUGAUAAUUUUUAUUCACAAACAAGUGGAAGACAAAGUGCAUUGUUUCCUGCAAUGUCAACAAAAGUGACUAUUCAUCAAUAUAAUGACAAACCCAGAUACAUACAAUCUAAUUAUGGGGUACCACCAAGCUCUCCAAGCAAAAGACUGAAAGAUAGACAAAUGAAUUCUGUCUUAUCAACAAGCCAAAGUGUUAAUAAGCCUAGAGAUGACUUACAAAUAAAGAAUAACACAAAGGCAUCAGUGCCUGUGAUAAGUCAAAAACCAAAGACUGCUAAUAACAAUGUGGAAACGCUUCCUAAAAAAACUUCGAAUUUAAGUGAAAGACUUAAAGUAAAUUCUAAUAUUCCUCCAUUGCUGAGUUUACAAACCAGUAUUCCAAUGCCACCUCAUCAAUCUGAGGUACUGUCACCCCUUUCACCAGGUCAAGUUUUAGCAGAUGGUAACAUAACACAAUUUCAAUCAUCACCUAAAAAUGUAUCUACACCAUUAAGUAGUGCCAGAAAGAUUGUGCCAAAACCACAACCCCUUGAUCCAAGAGAAGAAUUAAAAAAGAGAGCUAUUGUACUAAAUCUUCCAGAACCUAUAUAUCAAAUUUGUCCUGCAACAAUUAAAAGUACUAAGGAACCAGCUGUGUUUGCACAAGUUAAGAUUGGUCCACAUGGUUAUUCGAGUUAUCCAGAAGAAGCACGUUCUGAGAAUGAAGCACAAAAACUUGCAGCAAAAUUUGCUUUGCUUGAUCUUACUGAAAAAUAUGGAUCAUCUUUCUGUUUAAAUGAAACUCGAGAUAAGGGUACAAUAAAAGAACGUGUUUUGUCCAUAAUAGACGCUCAUCCGAAUGGUAUUUUCAUGCAUCAAGUGCCCAUAUAUUAUAAACAACAGUAUAAAGAAAUUCUACCUGGAAAUUGGGAAAAAGCUAUUGAAGAGAGCCCAGUAAUAAUUUUAGAAAAAGGUGUCGAUAAUUCAGUAAUUUUGCGUCGGUUUGUUUCGUCUACUGGAAAGAUACGAAAUAUAACUUUGUCAAAAACAGAUAAAGUACAACUAAAUCCAAUUGGACCUGCCGCGCCUGGACAAUUACAAUUACCAGAAGAAAGUUAUUGGAUUGUGUCUGUUACUUGUGUUAUAAGUACUAUUGAAAUAUGGGUUAGAAUUGUGGGGGAUGCAUAUAGUGAACAAUUUGAUAGUAUGACUACUGAAAUGACUCAAUAUUACAAUAAACUUCAACAAUCUGCUAAACCAUUAACAAUUGAAACUGGAAAUUAUUAUGUAGUUUUUGAAGAUGAAUUAUGGCACAGAGUUCGCUGUAUAGAUUAUAAUGCAACAAGUGGAAUGGUUACAGUUUCGUUCAUUGAUCAUGGCGAUGAAGAUAUUUUCCAUCACAGUAGAUUACAAAUGCUGGAUAAAAAGUUUUGCGUGCUUCCUGCUCAGGCAUUAAGACUGUGUCUUUCUGGUUUGGAAGACUUUAGUGACUAUGAUAGCAUUGUGAGCCAAAUUGAAAAGCUUUUGCAUGAUCGUGCAUUCUAUGUGGAAGUAAUAACUCGCAAUAAAGAUCAAAAUGGACCAUCUGCAACAGUUAUGUUUUAUGAUACACAUGGACCAGAUGACAUUAAUUUAAAUUCAGAACUGUUGGAACAAAUCCUACAGAACACAGAGGUUAAUCCGAAAUUAGAUGUUGAAGGACAAGUAUCCGAGGUGUUUGUUUCUCAUGCAGAAGAGAAUGGUGAUGUUUAUGUACAAGUGCAGUCUGAAAGCAUGAAACUUUUGGUUAGUUUAUUAAAUCGUUUAAUAUGUACUGGAUUGAACACAGAAGAUCUGGAGAAGUGCAUUGUAACUACAGUUGAUCCAGGAAAAAUAUAUUUUGUAUCAGUAAAUAAUAAUUGGUACAGGGGCAAAAUUGUAGGUGAUUGUUUUUACAAACAAUUAAAAGUAUUUUUAAUUGAUUUUGGUAAGACUGUCACUACAACAAAAAGCAAUCUUCUUGCUCUGGAAAUAUUAUCUGAUGUUUUACCAAAAUAUCCUGCUCAGGCAUUGAAGGUGUAUCUUCAUAACAUUGAUAAGUCAAUGUUUAAUGAAAAGAUGGUUGCAAAACUUAAGGAACUUGCUCCAAAAGGUGAACCACUUCUUGUAAAAGUUGUAUCAUCAGAGAAUGGUAUACCAAUUGUGGAAUUAUUUAAGCGAAUUCAACCAAGCAAUAUGCUCGUUUCUAUCAAUACCACUUUAGCCUUUGAAGAACAACUUAUAAAAUCACAAGGAGAUGGAAAUAACAAUGUAAAACCGAGAAAGCGUAUAGAACGUAUGAAUUCUAAACUCGCAGGAAAAGAAGAUGACGAUGCCGUAAAGUCUUUAAAACCUCCAAACAUCUCUGGUAUUGGUAAUUAUUUUGAUGUUCAUGUAACAAUGGCAGCACAUCCUGGCAAUUUUACCAUUCAACCAUUCGAUGAUAAAGGUUCGUUAGAGAAAAUGAUGAUUCAAUUACAAGACACUUGUGGAACAUAUAAAGGUCCUGUUCCAACUUCAAAAUCAGUAAGGGAAGGCAACCUUUAUGCAGCUGAACACACAGAUGGUCAUUGGUAUAGGGUAUGCAUUUCAAGUAUAAUUAAAGAAAACAUGGUUAGUGUUUACUUUUGCGAUUUCGGGGACGUAUCAGUACUGCCACUAAAUAAAUUACAACCUUUGAAAAGUCAGUUUUUAGAACUACCGUAUCAAGCUAUUAAAGCAAGACUUGCUGGCAUACGACCGAUUAACGUUGACUGGUCUGUUGAAGAUAGUUUAAGGUUUCAAGAAUUGGUUGUGGAAAAAAAUUUUGUAUCAAUAGUUGUUGAAUCUAAGCCUGAUGGACUUUCUCCAGCUAAUACUGUAUUGGGUUUAAAAUUGAUAGAUGUUAAGACAUCUGAAGAUAUUUAUAUUGAUCGACUUUUAGUAGACGAAGGUCGAGCUAUAUUCAUUGAUUAA